AUGCCUCUGGAUACUAUCUACCUGACCCGCCAUGGCCAUCGCAUGCACUGGACAAUCGACUAUGCAACAGGCACCUACCACAGCACCUACCCAACGCCAACCGGUAAUCCAGCCGAUCCCACGCUGACGGCGCAUGGUGUCCGACAAUCGCACGAGCUAGCAGCUCACUUGUCGUCUGAGAAAUUUCCUGGUCCGAAGCCGUGUAAAGUCUAUUCAAGUCCGUUUUAUCGGUGUCUGCAGACUAUUCUGCCGAGUGUCGAGGCACUUGAUGGUGAUAGCAGCUUGUCGUCGGGAAGGGAGAAGGGUGUUCGGAUUGAGAAUGGGCUUGGUGAAUGGUUCGGCUCAUCAACAUAUUUCGACCAUCCAUCACCCGCCUCCAUAUCUGAGCUACACCGGCAUUUCCCUACUCUCAUAGCCAACCCUUCAUCCGACUACACAUACAAGACGCAUGUAAUCCCCUCUGCGCGUGGGGAGACAAUUCCACAAUUACACAAUCGUGUUGCCACGGCUCUUGCAGCUAUUAUCGCCGAUGUUGAUGCUGAGAUACGAGCAGAAGAAGAAGAGGCGGACAAAGAAAAUAGCAGCAGCAGCAACAGCAGUAAAGCAAUUCUCAUAUGCGCCCAUGCUGCCCCUUUGAUUGCUAUGGGCAGGGCCUUGACGGGGAAUAUGCCGGAUGAUGCUAAUAUAGAUGAUUUCCAUGUUUAUACGGCUGGCCUGAGCACUUUUGUGCGGAGACGAGGAGUGGGCAGUACUUCUGAUGAUUCUACAGAACGGAGAACGUUAUCUUCAUCAGUUCUUGCGGCCGGGACAAAGCUCAUCCCCGAGUCGGAAGUACACGUACCUGACUGGAAAGAUGGUAGGGGAGUUGGCGGGGGAUGGGAUUGCGUCAGGAAUUGUGAUUGCAGUUUCUUGAGUGGAGGUGAAGAGAGGGGUUGGCAUUUCAGCGGCGAGGAGUCGUUUGAUACGGGGCCAAUGGGUAGUGUUAAUACGUCGGAGGAAGGGGCUAAACUAUAG